UAGCCGACUCUCUAGAUGGACUUGGAGAGACAAAGACAAACAAUGUUACUGAAACAAAAGGAAAUCGAACAGCGUACUCUUGAUUCUUCUUCGAGGAGCAUUGGUUUACUUCGCGAAUCGGAACAAGUUGGAAUUGCCACUGCCGAAGAACUCGCCCGUCAACGUGAACAACUACAAAACACAAGUAGAAGGCUGGAUGAAAUCAACACAAACUUGACUUACAGCCAGAAACACCUCAAUGGUAUUAAAUCUGUGUUUUAUGGAUUUAAAAAUUACCUCUCAGGUAAAUCUGAUCAGACACCACCUAAAAGUUUAGCAUCAACAAGUUCUAGUAUUAACCCAAGUCCGAGUAGUAAGUUAGGAGAAACACUUGAUGGUCUUGGUGGUUAUUCACCAGAUGAGCGAUUUAGUAGUCACCCAACUACACGUCUGAGAGGAUUAAACCAGGAACAAACUACAUUAGAACCUAUGUCUGAUACUCAACGUGUAAAUAAAAUGUUAGAUGACAAUUUGGAUGAAAUGGUUCAUCAUAUUUCUAGAUUAAAAGGCUUGGGAAUGGCUCUUGGUGAAGAAAUUGAAACUCAAAACCAUUUAAUAGAUGAGAUUACAGAUAAAGCUGAUACAGCCGACAUAAAAAUUGGUCAUCAAAAUAAACAAAUGAACAAGUUAUUGGGAAAGUAAUAUAACCUCAUUCCAAUAUCAUAAUAAUGUAUAAAUGAGCAAGUCAAAAGAAAUAAGACUGCUCUUAAUAUCAUAUAAAUCCUUAAUUUUCUUAUGUUUAUUGAAAUUAGUUAAAUUUUAUUAGAUAUAGACUUAUAAUAUCAAUAUAUAAAUAGCAAAACAUAGUCUUAAACAUUGAAUUCAUACUUUUUCUUUAUAGUGAUAACUGUAAUAGAUGUAUCUAGUAUAUAGUACUGUAGUAAUGUAUUCAGUUUAAUUUUGUUUAAACAAUAGUAAAUAUUUUAUAAAGUAAUUUAUUAACAUUGGAAUCUAAUUUUUAUGUAUCACAUUUCUGUUUAAUGCUGCUUUCACAAUUUUGUAAGAUAUUCAGAAUAUAAUAAAAUACACACUUAAUGUUUUCAUUCUGUUUCAUCACUUAUAGAAU